AUGUCUUCCUCUGCCUCCUCCGCAUCCCUCCAGCUGAUGCUUCUGAACAUCCUCGUCCUCUCCUACAUUUCUACCUACUGUGCCGACUCGAUACUGGCCAGGAUAGUCAAUGGGUGGAUCCUCCUCUCUAGCAUUUUGGCCUUCCUGGUGUCGUAUCCGUCAGUGUUAGUAGACAGCACCCUGGAUUGUAAAUAUGGUAAAGACGACACAUUUAUAAAUGAGGAACACCACCUUUUCGGUUGGAGCUUCUCAGAUAGCGCCCAAGAUGAGACUCUUGAUGAUACAAAACGGGUUUGGUUUUGCUCAGAGCCGAGUCUAAAAUCCGAGUGA